AGUGCAAAUAUAGUGUAUCUCUAACUGAAAAUGUAAUGUUUUCUUGCGACGAAUUCUUUAAUAGUACUAAGAAAACGUUUAAAAUGAAAAAAAAUAUAUAUUGAUAUUUAUUUUGUUCGAAACUUACUUUUAUAUUUUUUAAGGUUCGAAUAACUUACUAUAUUGUUACUUUUAAGAACAUAACGUUGUUUCAGUAAAUAACGUAAUAUCAAAAUAAUCCUAUAUAUCUUGUCAGUCCAAAGGUUAUUAUCAUAGCCUAUUAUAUAAUGCUAUCAGGAACAAAGAAACCUUUGUUUAUUACAUAAAUAUAUCGUGUUAUAAUUUCAUACUACUCGUUAUUUUGGGUUUUACCUGGUGGUCCCUAGGGAGCAAUACAUUUUUUGGGAUGGGAGCCAGUUCCCUCAAGAUUGGUUGUAAUAAAAUUUCAAGGUGAAGUGUUUUUUUUUUACAAUUUAUUUAUACAAAUAUAAACUUUGUAUUAUGAUGUUACAAUGGUAAAGGUCAUAAGAAGUAUUAUAUGGAUGCCACUUUCAACUGGUCGAAAUCUUAAGUCCUCUUAAGAGGUGAGAGCUGAUGAUGAUCAAUGGACUAUCCAGUGGCUAACCUUGAUGAAUGUUGUCCAGGUGGUAGUGGCAGUAGAAGAAAGGCGAUGGUGGUAUCCACGAGCAGCUCUUCAGCUCAGGGUCCUCGCUCCACCAGAUUCUACCAUGUGCUUGAUCGGAGCACGCGCACCGCCGGAUGCUCGAUUCGAUUCCCAUCAGACAACCCCAGAGCACGAAGAGCAGCCAGGCCCGGAGUUCGUGUCAGCUGGAGUGUCUUUGUUCGUUGGUGGUGGCGCUUGUGGUGGAGGAGUGCUGUACCGUCAGAGAACCGCUCCCGCCCCCCGUGCGCCCGCGCACCUCGUCCCUCCCGCCUCGCACGACCGUCUUUGGAUGUGGAAGUGCUUUAAUUACACAAACCAACUGUCUACUGACGGCGUGACGAUCUCAGCACCAUCUGAAGCCGGCCGCUGGUCUCUCUGGGCGCUGUCUCUUUCGAAUCGUGGUCUCCGAUUUUCAGCACCUCGGACGAUUAACGUCUUCAGGCCAAUCCAGCUAGACUUUUCUCUGCCUCCUGCUUUGAAAGUCGGGGAGACAGUGGAAGUCGAUGUCAAGAUUACAAACAACAUCAAUAAUUGCAUGGAUGUAACUGCCCUUCUAGCACUUAGUGCUGGAGCGGCAUUCGCAAGCACCGGAGCGCUGUAUGUAACAGAACGAUUAAGACUCGGACCUAGAGGUGGAACGCAGCUGGUUGUGAGAGUAGCAGUCAAUACUCCUGGAAGGAAAAAUAUCACUGUGGAAGUAACCGGCUACAGCGCAGAUAACUGUUCAGUAUCGUACACGUCAUUCAACAAUGAAACUCUAGUGGGCUCAGUUAUCCGAUCGGCUAGUGUGCUGGUGCUGCCUGAAGGACUUCAUAGGAGUGACACGCAAAGUGCAUACUUCUGCGCCAAUGAACACCUAGCCGUCUCAUCACGUGGUUCGUGGGAAUGGCAGUGGGUGGCAGCACCUAGGAACCGUGCCGGAUUGGUGCUAGAACUUCGUGCUCAGGGCGCUGCGCAUGUUGCGCUCUCCGCCAUACGUGAACCAUCUGACGAUAUGUAUAGAGUUGUGUUUGAAAGGAGUAGGGUCUGGAUAGCUAAGGGGAAACAUGGUUAUGACGUUCACCUAGCAAGUGCGGAGCAAACAGAAAGCGACGAAGACUGUGCUGGUGCAGAUUCCUGGUGCGCCUGGUGGGUUUGGUGGGAAGGCGGGAGACUUUCUGUUGGAAGGGGCGCAGCACCUUCUGAGAGGAGGCUGCUUGUAUGGCCUCUUGCGCCUGAUAUGAGGAUCAAAUAUGUUGGGUUUAGCGCACUAUGGGGUGAGAAAGCCGAUUUUAGGAUCUGGAACUUCAACGAAGAGGCUGGAUUCUCCCAAGUAUUAGAACUUGGGCUGCCACGUGGCGUAGUUCCUGGGUCUGCUAGUGGAACUCUCCUAGUAUCCGGUGGUCUUCAUCUCCCACUGUAUAGUCUUCAGACCGACUCCACCGACCAGUGGGCUGAUGUGUGGAGAGAUUCUCAACUAUCAGCGGCUUCAGCAAGUCUUGCCCCCCUUUUGGCUUUGGAACAUAUCCCACAUUUAGUUGAGGAUGCAGAACGAGAGAAGAUCUUGAAAAAAUUGCCGGAACAGGUACAAGUCCUCCUAUCAUUUCGAAAGAGCGACAAUUCAUUUAGUGAUCAUCCAGCAAUGAGCAGCCAUCUGUCCACAAUAAAAAUAUUGGAAAUACUAACUAAAAUACAAUCGUACUACCCAAUAGACCCGGAACUUUUACAAAACAUCAAGAAAUGGAUUCAAACGAGACAGAACCCUGAUGGAUCAUUCACACCAUUAGCAGCUGAUAAAGAAGUUGAUUAUUAUCCAGUAGAGAUGAAGAAAUCUAAUGGAACUGAGCUAGAAGUUGAUGUGAAUGAGUAUUACUAUUACGAUAAAGAUGGAAAUAUGACUAAAGAAGAAAUCGAAUGGGAAAGAACGGUAGAAGUGACUGCCGAGACUUUGGUGGCUUUGCUUGAAGUCGGUGUUGAGAAUAAGGUAGAUGCAGACGUUGCUAGGAAGUCUCAGAAGUAUUUGGAGAAGAAUAUUUACAACUUAACAUCGCCAGCCGCACUUGCUGCUACUGUUUUGGCUCUAGUCCUUGCAAGGAGUCCAAUAGUACCUGAGGCUUUAGUGAUCCUACGAAACGCGUCUACAACCGAAGAGGGAGAGUUUGGCUGGCCAGCUCCCAGGAAAGAUGCUGCUGAUUGGCUAUUGGAGGAAACUUCUAGAAAUAUCAAGACCACGUCUUACGAAGCGGUAACAAUGGAGCAGUACGUGGCGGGCGUGCGCGUGCUGCUGGCGGCGUGCGCGCGCGGCGCGCUGGCGGAGGGCGAGGCGGCCGCGCGCUUCCUCUACUACCGCGCCUCCACGCUGCAGCGGCACCCCAGCCUCGCCUACAGCGCUACUAAAGCCGCGGCGCAGUAUGCUGCGUUGGCUCAUGACAGGCACAGAGCGCUGACAGUGUCUCUGGCAACAGCGGGAAUGGAGCUCACCGACACGUUGGAACUUCGCGCUCGAACCCCACCGAGACCACUACAGCUUCCUGGACUACCUACUAAAGUAUUUGUGUACGCUACAGGUGCCGGUUGUGCAACAGUACAGGGCACCAUAACCUACUCAACAUACACGCCGAAACCAGAAAACGCUUUAUUAAACAUACAAGCUGCUAUAAUUGAAGAAAUACGACCCGAGAGGAGCAGCAUCGAAGACUUGCAGGGUAAUCUGCCAACUCUGAUCAUCAAAACGUGUUUCAAAUGGAAGGGCAAAGAACGUUCUGGUAUACUUCGGCUGGAAACAUCAUUGUUCUCGGGCUAUGAGUUGCAAUCAGUCAAUCCCGUUGUACUGGAUGGAGCAACGUUUGCUGAAUUACAUUACGGUUCCAGAGGGGAAUCGGUGUGGUUCGUCUUUGCUAACAUCAGUUCGACAUGCCCUGUAUGCGUAACUUACGAGGCCAGAUCCAAAUUUGUCAUCACAAGUCUACGACCAGCAUUCGCAAAGAUCUACCCUUCAACGCGCCCCGACCUGGCAGUAGAAACAUUCUUUCACGCAAGACCUGGAAGUCCCCUACUCAGAGGCGUUACCGACGAUGAUUUUAUAACGUGGUUCGAUAAAACUGAAGUUGCUAGUCUCAAAACCAGUGUCAAUAUUGAUAAUAUUUGUGAAUGCGGUCGCAUUUGCAGCAGAGAUUAUGAAUUCAGAAAAAAUAAAGAUGUUAAACAUGUACCUACUAGUACUGAUGCAAUAACAGAGACUAUAACUGUUGAAACAACAACUGUUGAAACGACAAUUACGACAGAGGAAGAAAAAAUAACUAAAGUAGACACUACUGUUGUACAUUUAAAAACAAUAAACGCUGUUACUACAGUCAAUCCAACAACUAUCGAUAAGUCAACAACUGAAAAUAAUCUAUUAGCUAACAAAACUAUUGGUCUUGAACAUGUUGAUGACCCAAUAAUCGUGCCAACUAUUACAUACGUGAACAGAUCUGAAGUCGACGAUAUGAGUAACAAUUUAGUGCCUAUAGUGCCUAAAAUGAAUGGAGCACUAAUCGUUCAAAAGUCCAUUAUACCUAAAGAGUUAACAAAGAAAGAAGAAUUUAAGAAGAAAUCGCUGCCACGGCGGAAGGGUACUUUAAAAGGUACAUACGGUGACAAACAUGAAAAAUUCUUUAUGAAGGUACAAAAUUUUAAAUUGAAAUUGAAUCAAACUACGACCCCAGCUGUAAAAGAAAUUAUAACAACACUAGCACCGACUACGAUUUUAGACAACCACACUGAUCCGAUGCCAACACGUCUAACUAAAACUGAACUUAAUAAAAUAUCAGAGACUAAAAAUACCUCCCAGAUUAUAACAAUACCAUUGAAUAUUUCUCAAGAGCAUAAUAAAACAGAAACUACCAACAAAAUAAAAGCAGCUAAACCUAAUAAGGUAGCAUCAAAUCAUUCUGAACCACCGCACACGAUUACUGCUAUAACAAACAACAAUAUUAAGUUACUGCACUAUAGAACCAAAAAACCCAAAUCAGCUACACAAAUUAAAAAGCCUCGUGUGAAUAAUAAUUCUACAAAAGCAACAAAUGUUAGUAAUGCUGAGAUAAACAAUAUGACCAAAAAGAAAAUUGAACCAGAAAUGUAUACAGCAAAGGCAUUAAAAUCGAUAAACAAAGAAAUACACAAAAUACCACCAACGCCCAUCUCAGAGACGUCUAAAAACUUGUCUGAUUUACCGAAAUUAGAUAUAGCACCUGAAAACAAAGGAGGUUUUGACUUAUUGGAAAAGAAUAACGUUUGGGAGUUGCUAAAAGAAGCACCAGGUGCAGAUCCCGCAAAAAUAGAGGACAAAUUGCACAAUCGAUUAAACACGCUAGCUCAAAACGUGUCAAAUUUAGAACAUGACAAUCGAUCAUUAUAAAUUUUGUUACAUAAAUGUAUAAGAAAUAAAGACUUCAUUAAUAAUAUUUUUGUAUCACACCAUGCCAAUUUAAAACCUGUAAUGAAUGAAAUUGUUGUACACGUAACAAUUCCUAAAGCACAUUUUAUUGUUGAUUGUUAGGAUGUAACUGCACUAAUUGUUUGUAUAAUUUUUAAGAAUUGUGUGUGAGCUGUAAAUAGUAAUGUUUAAGCUAUGAUUAAUGAUAAAUUUAAGAAAUGCGCUGUGACACUGCGUGAAUGUUGGUACCGCCCAAUUGCUCAAAGCCUCUUAGCUGACUUUCCUUCCUUCCUAUCGUCUUAGAGUGGUUGCAAAGGCUUAUAGAUACGCCAAGGAACGUAGAAUAGCGAGAUAAAAUACCAUAAUCGUAGACUGUUGGCUUACGAGACUAGAUAAUGCUGAAAGGAGGUUAGUAGUGCUAGAUACGCUAAUUCAUCAUAACGUUGAGCUACUGUAGGCUCUUUCAAUUAUUCCUUAAUCCUUCCUGGUAGAUAUAAUUAGGAUCAUUCUCUCCAAACGUAGAAAAUAGAAUUUCCUUAAAAAUGUAAAUAGAUAUUAUGAAAGUUGCCAAAAUUAUCCUCAUAACUAACUCUAUAUUUACGUUCUCCUAGUGUUUACCUUCUAGUGGAUAGUGAAACCUAGUUUUUUAGAUAAAAUGUAAUUGUAAUUGCUAAUGCCCCAGAAUUUCCAUCCGUCUAUCGUCUUCUGUAUCUAUUUGUAUGUAAUACGUAGUAUCUUACUGUAGCUGUCUAGAUGUUUUGUGUUCCACUUGAAAUUAUAAAUCCUUGAAUACCUGCAUCUUCCUUUCCAUUAAGUGUAGUUUGUAUUCCUCGUAAAUAUAUUUUUUGGAUCUUGUAAUACUCAAUUUCGUAAUGUAUAAGUAAAAUUCUUUACUUGAAUAUUGAAUGCGUAUAACAAAAACAAUUUGAGCCGUAAGCCAAUGUAGAAUACCAGCCUACCAGUUGGAUUAAAAUCUGACUAAAAGCAACCACUGUAUCUUUCAAACUUCAUUUAGUUACUUUCUACAUGUAGUGUAAGACUUUUAAACCUUGUAUUACUGCCUUGACAGUUCGAUAUGAUGUUCAUCGAAGUUUGAAGUCAACAAGUUUUGAUUAUGUACGUAGUUUUCUUUCAAAUACGGGUACGGCAAAGUGACUCCACUACACCUGAUGAUACGUAGAAUAGGGUCCAAUAGAAUGUCGACUGACGAGAUUUGAUUACCCCUCGACAGUCGACAGUAUUGCCGGCCUGUUGGGACCUGAUAUAUACAGGCUGAUUUCGGAACGCGACAAACUUACGUGGGCCACUAUGGCGGGUUUUAAUAUCUUGUGUACGGUGGUCGUAAUCCGGGCGGAUAUAAAAUAUAUCCCAACACCAGCAAAGCAAUAUUUUCAUAGAAGAAAAUGUUCUUAAUGGCUACAUCUUGAUUGUGUGAAACGAUUAGUGUUUCUUCCAAAGCGUGAGAAAUUCCAAUAAAUCUAUUUUAAGAUUUACAAUUUCAAGUUUUGUAUUAAUAGAAUUAGAUAUAAUUUUAUAACUGUAAUUGUAAACUUAAUAUGCCUUGUUCUUAUUAGAACAUUAUGUCAAAUCUUUUUAAUGAACCUAAUGUGUUAUUUAAAUACUUAAAUGUUUAAAAUGUAACGGAUUGUAUCUAAUUUCGAUUGUAGAUUGUAACCAAAAGAUUUUUGUGAAUCUAUACAAAUUAAUUCGGAUAAAAUUUACAUUUUAGGUGUAUGUGUAUUUCGAUGUCCGUAAUUUGGAAAAAUAAUGACGAGAUAAUUAGAAAAUGUAAAAUUCUUAAAUUUAUUUCGCAUUCAACAGGACUUUAAUGAAAAAAUAAUUUCAAAAAUUAUUUAUAUUCCAUUUGCCUAAACUAUAAAUUGUGUAUUUUUUUAAUAAUUUUCCAAGUCAGUAUAAUAGUCGGCAAAUAACUUGAGCACACUACUUAUGCCUGUGAAAUUUCACGUCACUCGCAAACUGCAUCUCCUGAUUCUGUAUCCGCAACUAUCUCACUUUUUUUUCAAUCAAACUUGUCUUGAAUGAUUGUAAUGCAUUAUGCAUGUACCCGAGUCCGAUGCUAAGUACAAUCCAGUGAUACGGGACUUCCCAUAAGUGUUUGAUUCACACACUUAGCAUAAUCUUAUCAAAUAGAUUUUGAACAGAUGCGGAAAGAAAUAACACAUCGCUUACUCCGAACGUAAAAUACGCCUUACCAAAUUUUAUUUACCAUUUCUAAUACGUAUAAUGAUUGCCCCAAUUUUCUUUAGGGUUGAGUAUGCAGUACUAUAAGGGCAUUUUGUCCAAUCAAUCUGCCACUCAAUGUUCUACAAAAAUUAUGUAAUAAAUAUUUUUCCAAAUUUGAAUGGAAAUGUAUAGAUUUAAUAUAUUUAAGCACAAUCUAUGUAUCUAUAUGUAAAUGUAGGUAAUGUACUAUAAAUAGGUGCUUGUGCGAAAAAUACUCGUCAAUUUUUGAAAAUGUAUAAAAUCUUCGAUCGUGUAAGGUAUUAGAUUUUAAAUUAAUGUUUGUGCUUAAUAUAAGCUAGUCGUUUAUUAAGUAUCAUACCUCGAUGUACUGACACGGAUAAAUUAAUAGGAAAGAUAAUAACUA